AUGGCGACUUUCAAGAAAAGCUACGUCUGCGGAUCUACUCUUAUCCAUUCUAAUUGGGUUAUAACCAGUGCGCAUUGCGUCAGGGGCAGAUUAAUCCUAGAAAACUGGCAGAUUUCAUUCGGUGACCACAUUAGACAUCCUAAGUUUGACUCUGUGCAAGGGAAAAGUGAAAUCACUCGGAAAAUAACCAAGAUAAAAAUCCACGAAGACUUCUUCAUGAAAGCAAAUCACUCGCCUCGAAUGGAUAUUGCAUUGAUUAAACUAGACUCGCCGGUGGAUUUCACACACAGUGUUAACCGAGCCUGUUUGCCGAGUGGUGAAGAGUCUUCAACUAAAUUUUGUUUUGCGAUUGGAUUCGGAAUGACGAACUGGGACGCGAAAGAGUAUCCGAGGAGUCUGAUGGAAGCGCACAUGCCGAAGAUACCCGAUAGCGCCUGUCGGUUAAAAUACGGGAACGAGUUUGUGAACAGCAGCAUGUUUUGCGCAGGAGUUUUGGACGGAACCAGGGACACUUGUGUGGGGGACUCGGGGGGACCGCUGAUUUGUAAACACAGAGGGGGGCAGUGGUACCUGGAAGGCGUGAUCUCGUGGGGAAGCGAGUGUGGGCGGAAGGGGUGGCCUAGUGUCUAUACACGAGUAACAAAAUUCACUCAAUGGAUCGAUGACGUCAUAAGGAAAAAUACUGAUUGA